CCGCCGCGAAAUUUGACCGUUGCGUUGGGCUACGCCAAAAACUGCGAAAAGGCAUCUACAGGAAGUAGACAAUUCGAUGAAGAAGCACUAGGGACUCACGCCGAGGAUGAUUGAGAAUGUUUGCUGCGAGCAGUUCAAGGUGCAUGGGAACAACUAGCGUAUUUAGAGAGCGCGCUAGAACGCGUCGACGCGCCGAAACUCCAUUUGCUCGCCGUCACCGCCGUUCUUUGCUUUCGCAUAGCGUAUACCCACGAAUCGAUGAGUAGUUACUCAGCAGGCAUUUCUUCUUCCUUCGAUCCUGCCCUUCUUUACUCCGAGUACGACCAACCACAAGACGCGCCUAAUUCCAUCUCCCACUCUGACGAUAUCGAGGCAUUGCAAGCGUGCAUAGAAGAAGAUAAGGUCAAGAAGUAUCAAGGGGGCGUGGUCAUACAGCACCGCGCUUGGAAGCUUGCAGACAUCUUCAAAAGCGAAGGAGAGCACAGCUUUGACACGCCCUUGAAGCAUCAGACUCAGCGACCCAUACAGCACAUACGUACUGAAACAUCGAUCGACGGACGACUGGUCCCAUCCUCGCCUCCAACUUUCGCCAUGCCUCCCAUCUCAUCGCCAGUCGCGUACCCGCCGAGCUCCUCGAUGCCUCAGGUUUCGACACCAAAGAAGAGGAAGUGGUCUAUCGAUGCACGCAGCCCACUCAAAGAUGUGUCGAGCAAGCAGGUCGCUCGCACAGUUGGUGCUUUCCUGGACGAUUCAGAUGACGAAGAGGACAUUGCUGCGUUGAAAGAGCAUUCGCUGAAGAGAAUAGCAGUCAAUAGUAUCAGGGAGCUGCCUUCAGCGCCAGGAGAGGUCGCAAACUACACACCACCUGCGAGCCAGGACGAGAUCGCCGAUGCAGAAGAUGUACCUGUCGAAGCGCUCGACGAGUAUUUCGAGUCGAGACCACAAAUCAAGCGUUUGCCGCUGCACAGCGCACCUACGUCUGCGCGACCCAUGACGGGCACGAUAGCACGAAAUGCUGCUGGAAAGUCAAUCAACAUAUUGAAGAGGGCAAGAAAGGAGGCAAUGUCUUUCGAAGAGCUGAUCGCUGCGAGAUCUGAGGCUGUGGUGGGCAAGGCAAGAACAAGCUACUAUGGCAUUGACAUUCACUCGUUGAUGGAUGAGGCCAGAGCAGAGGACACAGCGAGGUUAGCUAGCCGAGCGCAAGCAUUCGAGAAUCUUGCCCAUCAGUCGAUCGAGCAACCAGCGAACGCUAGCGGCAAAAGUGAUCGCACACUGAUGUGGACGGAGAAGUACCGGGCGAAGAAAUUCACAGACCUGGUUGGAGACGAGCGUACACAUCGAUCGGUACUACGAUGGCUGAAGGCCUGGGAUCCCAUCGUCUUCCCUGGUGCUGUCAAAGUCAAGCUAAAGAGCGCGAAGAAAGACUUCAACGAGGACGAGCAGAGACAUCGCAAAAUAUUGCUUUUGACUGGACCACCAGGCCUGGGCAAGACUACAUUAGCUCACGUAUGUGCACGACAAGCUGGGUACGAGGUCCAAGAGAUCAACGCAUCAGACGAGCGAAGCCGAGACAUUGUUAAAGGCCGCAUUCGAGACAUGGUCGGAACUGAAAACGUCCGUGGUAUCAGCUCAAAUACUGCAAAUGGCAAAGUACGCAAAGCUGGCAAGCCAGUCUGCGUAGUGAUUGACGAAGUCGAUGGUGUGGUUGGUGGUAGCAGCAGCGGUGGUGGCGGCGAAGGCGGCUUCAUCAAGGCGCUCAUUGAUUUGAUCAAUCUUGAUGAGAAGAACUCGGACAUGGUUGGCCAGCAAGUGUCCACAUCUUCCAAGAAGAGAAAGGGCGACAGGUUCAGACUGCUGAGACCGCUCAUCCUAAUCUGCAAUGAUCUAUACCACCCUUCACUGAAGCCGUUGCGACAAUCGUCCUUCUCCGAGAUUGUGCGCAUCCGUCAGCCUGCGAUGAACAUGGUCGUUACUCGCAUGCAGGACGUCUUUACUAAGGAGGGCUUUCAGUGCGACUCCGAUGGCGUGCGUCGCCUCUGCGAAGCGACAUGGGGCGUCAGCACCAAGAAGGAGGGUGGCACAGGCAGUGGCACCGGCGAAGGUGACAUCCGUGGAGUCAUGGUCAUGGCUGAGUGGGUCGCUGGGCGGCUGAAGUCCUCACACGAUUUCAGGUCGAAGGAGAGGCCGCACUUGACAAAGAAGUGGAUUGAGGACAACAUUACCAACGACCUGAAGCACGGUGGUGGAGCAGCUCGUAGUUUGGGACGAGGCGGAGCAAAGGAUGUUGUGGAUCGAGUGUUUAGAGAGGGAGCUGGAUUUCCCAAGCAAGCUGAGGGCACAGAUACGCGGACUGCGGCCGCUCGAGCAAAGACGGGAGUCGUUGGUGUCGCAGAAGGAGCGAAGCGGCGAGCAAUGGACCGUCUUAGGGAGAUGGUUGAUACCAAUGGUGACUGCGACCGCAUUGUGUCAGAUUGCUUUACGGCUUAUCCUGAGAAGCCUUUCCAGGAUGACACGCUGCUCAGCAAACCGACUGCCGCCUACGAAUGGCUCCACUUCCACGAUAUCCUCUCCUCUGCCGUCCACCGCUCGCAAGAAUGGGAACUGUUCCCGUACUUGUCACAGUCAAUUCUUGCCUUCCACCACCUCUUCGCCUCCCCUCACCGCGAAGGCUCGAUGGUCUCGGCAGAUCCAGACGCACAAACACUGCUUUACUCAGGUCCAGGCGCAAGCUUUGCAGCAGCCGAGACACAAAAAGCCAGUCGAGCACAGCUAAUGGGCCUGCAAUCGUCGCUGAGCGUGCCUCUGACGAGGCUGUUCAGAAGUCCAGAGGAGAUGGUCACAGAACUCAUACCCUACACACUUCGCAUGCUGUCGCCAGACGUAAAGCCUGUGAUCGUCAACACUGGUCCAGCCGGCUCAAGGUCUAGCGCUACAGCUGCCGUGCGCAAGUCGUCUGAGAAGGCGCUCGUCAAGAAGGCGGUCGAAGCUAUGGCAGCAACAGGCGUGCGCUUCGAGCGCAGCAGAGUCGAGAUAGAAGACUCCGUGAACCGCACCGGCGGCUUUGUGUUCCGCAUGGAGCCCGCUCUCGAUAUACUGGCUUCUUUCGAAACCCUUGCUGACAAGAAAGAAGACAAAGUCCGCUACGCAGUCCGCAGCGUCUUGGAAAUGGAGUGGAAGAAAGAGUCUGCGCGCAUCGACAUGGAGAACCGCAAGCGGCGAGGCGGGCGAGAGCAUGAGGAAGUCGUGGUGCAGGAAGCGACGGAAGAAGAUAGUGCGAAGAAGCUGGCUGAAGCUAACAAGAAGGCGAUCAAGCGCGACUUCUUCGGCAGAGUCAUUAAGGAGAAGCCGCUCGUUGAGGGUGAGAUCAGGAAGAAGACGAAGCCGGAGGGUGACGAGGACCGCAUUUGGGUCAGCUUUCACGAAGGGUUCAGCAACGCGGUGAGGAAACCGAUCACGAUUGAUGACUUGUUCAGAGGACUGUAGGUCGCACGUUACGUUUAGCCUGUCCGAAAUAAUCCAGUUUCAGCACAUACACAAAUUCCGCUGUCGG